AUGGAAGACAGCAGAUCUUCGUCACUUAAUAAGAGCCAACCAGCCCUACACCGGCUUUAUACAUUGCUCUGCUAUUACCAAACUAUUAUUAUUCAAUCAGAAAAUAUUGUCGGCAGCGAACCUGAGCAGAGGUUGACGCAGUCUUAUCCGUCGCCGUCGCAAGUAUUCAAGAAACAGGCUGCAGGCAAGAUUUUCUCGGAGGGAAGAGAGAGAGAGUUAGAGAGAGAGAGAGAGCAUGGCGACAUCGACGACCCCUCAAGCUUCAGGACGUUGGACCACGGCUUAAAAGAGAUCUCCAACAACCGGGAGUUCAGGUGCAAUGGUUGCAACACCCUCGGCCAAGGAAGGCGUUACCGUUGCUCCGGCUGCGACUUCGACCUCCACGAACGCUGCGCCACGUGCCCCCUCACUCUCUCCUCCCACCUCCACCCGAGCCACCCGCUCGACCUCGUCUGCCUGUCCCUCGGUAGGGUCUGCGACCUCUGCCGCGAGGAGGUUCGCGGCCUGUACUACAGGUGCGAGCCGUGCGGGUUCGACAUCCACCCGCUGUGCACGGACCUGCUGGCGAUUCCACCGCAAGCUUCCAGGACGUUGAACCAUGGCUCGCAUCCCCACCCUCUCCUAGAGAUCUACAUCAACCAGAAGUUCGGGUGCGAUGGUUGCAACACCCUCGGCCAAGGAAGGCGUUACCGUUGCUCUGGCUGCGACUUCGACCUCCACGAACGCUGCGCCACGUGCCCCGCCACUCUCUCCUCCCACCUCCACCCGAGCCACCCGCUCGACCUCGUCUGCCUGUCCCUCGGUAGGGUCUGCGACCUCUGCCGCGAGGAGGUUCGCGGCCUGUACUACAGGUGCGAGCCGUGCGGGUUCGACAUCCACCCGCUGUGCACGGACCUGCUGGCGAUUCCACCGCAAGCUUCCAGGACGUUAAACCACGGCUUGCAUCCCCACCCUCUCCUUGACAUCUACAUCAACCGGGAGUUCAAGUGCGAUGGUUGCAACGCCCUCGGCCAAGGAAGGCAUUACCGUUGCUCCGGCUGCGACUUCGACCUCCACGAACGCUGCGCCACGUGCCCCGCCACUCUCUCCUCCCACCUCCACCCCAGCCACCCGCUCGACCUCGUCUGCCUGUCCCUCGGUAGGGUCUGCGACCUCUGCCGCGAGGAGGUUCGCGGCCUGUACUACAGGUGCGAGCCGUGCGGGUUCAACAUCCACCCGCUGUGCACGGACCUGCCAGCGACGGUGGAGCACGCCAUGCACCCCCACCAACUCCUCACACUCAGUCGUGGCGAGCCCCGUAAAUGCGCGGUCUGUCAGCAGGUGUGCGAUUCCUGGCGGUACACAAGCCACUGCAAUGGGUUCCCCGUCGACGUCCAUCUGAAGUGCGCCUUCCAAGAGCCAGCGCAGGGUAGCCGGACCGGGACUGGUCCGGGGUCUCCGCAUCAUCACGGCAGCCGCCGGAAGAAGAUUUACUCAUUCCUGGCCGAGACCGCGGUGAAGGCUACCAUCAACUACUUUACUGGGAAUUUCUCCAGCUAA